AUGGCGGGGCCGCGGGCGGAGGUGGACGGCGGGCUCCUGGAGGGGGGCGGCCAGAUCCUGAGGGUGUCCACGGCCCUGAGCUGCCUCCUGGGGCUCCCGCUGCGGGUGCAGAAGAUCCGGGCCGGCCGCAGCACGCCCGGCCUGCGGCCUCAGCACUUAUCCGGACUGGAGAUGAUUCGGGACCUGUGCGCUGGGCAGCUGGAGGGGGCUGACAUCGGCUCCACAGAGAUCAUGUUUACUCCCGGGAAGAUCCAAGGCGGGAGCCACACGGCGGACACCAAGACGGCCGGGAGCGUGUGCCUCUUGCUGCAGGUGUCCCUGCCCUGCAUCCUGUUCGCCGCCGCGCCCUCCGACCUGCGCCUGCGAGGCGGCACCAACGCCGAGAUGGCCCCGCAGAUCGACUACACGGCCAUGGUUUUCAAGCCAAUUGCUGAGAAGUUCGGUUUCACGUUCAAUUGUGACAUUAAGAUGCGGGGCUACUACCCGAAAGGGGGCGGCGAGGUGAUUGUCCGGGUGUCUCCCGUCAAACAGCUGGCCCCGGUCACCCUCACCGAGCGCGGCUCCGUGACCAGGAUCUCCGGGAGGGCCUUCGUGGCCGGCGCUCUGCCGUUCAAGGUGGCGAAGGAGAUGGCGGCGGCGGCCGUGCGCUGCCUGCGGAAGGAGUUCCGGGACCUGUACGUGAACGUCCAGCCGGUCCAGGAGCCCCGGGACCGCGCCCUCGGCAACGGCAGCGGCAUCAUCAUUGUUGCUGAGACGUCCACGGGCUGCCUGCUGGCGGGGUCGGCGCUGGGCAAACGAGGUGUCGGCGCAGACAAGGUUGGCAUCGACGCGGCCGAGAUGCUGCUGGCGAACCUGCGGCACGGCGGCGCGGUGGACGAGUACCUGCAGGACCAGCUGAUCAUUUUCAUGGCCCUGGCCAACGGCGUUUCCAGAAUAAAGACGGGACCCGUGACCCUCCACACGCAGACGGCCAUCCAUUUUGCCGAACAGCUAGCAAAGGCAAAGUUCACGGUGAAGAAGUCCGAGGAGGAAGGAGACGCCUCCAGAGACGCCUACAUCAUCGAGUGCCAGGGGAUCGCCAUGACGAACCCACACCUGUAG